CCUCUCUGCUCCGCUCUCAUCAGCAGCAGCAGCAGAAGCAGCAGCCCCGCCUCGCGAACCGCUGGCUGGUUCACCUCCAACACAACCCACACAUCUGGCUGUCACACAACAGUGCUGCCGCUCCGUCCGGUACCGCGGCAUGCUCAUUCACACCGGGACAUACGAAGUGGAUUCUCAACUAGAGGGGCACAAUGUCUGAGGUGCGAAAAUUCACAAAGAGGUUAAGCAAACCCGGGACGGCUGCGGAAGUCAGGCAGAGCGUGUCGGAGGCUGUGAAGAGCUCCGUGGACCUUGUGGAGCAGCCAAAGAUUAUCGAGCCACUGGACUAUGAAGCUGUGGUGUUUCAGAGAAAGGCCCAGAUCCACAGCGACCCCCACCGAGACCUACUGCUCUGCCCUGUGGACGAUGUCUCGGUGAGUCCCCCUCAUCCUUUCCUGCUGUGUUUCCUGGUACUGGCUCUCAGCCAGGCGCUCUUCCUCACCCAGGAUGAAAUCAUAGAUCAUAUACUGGACCUUACCCUUGUUUGGCAGUGCAUCAAGAUGUACAACACCGACUGGCAUGUAAUCAACUACAAAUAUGAGGCUUACUCUGGUGAUUUCCGCAUGUUGCCAAGCAAAGGCCUGAAGACAGACAAGCUGCCAGCUCACGUGUUUGAGAUUGAUGAAGACGCCAAAGACGAGGACUCGGCAUCACUGUGCUCCCAAAGGGGAGGCAUCAUGAAGCAGGGCUGGCUUCAGAAAGCCAACAUCAACAGCAGCCUGUCUGUCUCCAUGAGGGUGUUCAAAAGGAGGUACUUCUACUUGUCUCAGCUCCCUGACGGCUCCUACAUCCUUAACUCCUACAAGGAUGAGAAGAACUGCAAGGACACCAAAGGCUCCAUCUACCUGGACUCCUGCAUAGACGUUGUUCAGAGCCCCAAGAUGCGCCGCAAUGGCUUCGAGCUAAAGAUGCAAGACCGCUACAGCCACUUCCUGGCUGCGGACAGCGAAGCAGAGAUGGAGGAGUGGGUGAUCACGCUGAAACAGGCUCUGCAGAGCACCACUGAGGCCAGCCAGGACCGGAGGAAUGGUGCUGAGACACUGGACUGUGCCUUGGAUGACGACACUGCCAGCCAAGGUAAAGGGGAGAGCCUGCUGGAGAGCUUGGGGAGGAGCUUACAGCCAGAACUUAUGAAGUAUGCCAGGGAGACCGACCAGCUCAAUAAGAUCAACAGGAAUGAAGGCAGACAAAAGCUUUUCUCCCUGGAUCCUGAGACACAGAGGCUGGACUUCUCCGGCAUCGAACCAGAUGUGAAGCCGUUUGAGGAGCGUUAUGGCCGUCGUAUUGUUGUCAGCUGCCACGACCUGACCUUCAGUCUCCAGGGCUGCGUCAGUGAGAAGGGCGACGGCGUCCUCACCAAUGUGGAACCCUUCUUCAUCAGCCUUGCUCUCUUUGACGUCUCCAAGAGCUGUAAAAUCUCAGCCGACUUCCACGUCGACCUCAACCCGCCCUGCGUCAGGGAGAUGCUGACCGACGCCUCGGGCCAGCUCUCUCCUUCCUCGGACUCAGAGGGUGGAGGAGGAGGAGGCAGGGGAGGUGGAGUGAUGGUGAACGGAGACUCGAAGGUGAAAGGGAACGGCCUGCCGGUUCUUCAGAGGGUGUCGGAUACUCUGCUGCGUUUCCCUACACAGGGUAUCUUUUCAGUGACCAACCCUCACGCUGAUAUCUUCCUGGUGGCCCGUGUAGAGAAGGUGUUACAGAACGGCAUCACACACUGCGCCGAGCCGUACAUCAAGACCUCUGAUGCCAACAAGACUGCUCAGAAGGUACUGAAAGCUGCCAAGCAGACAUGCCAACGCUUGGGCCAGUAUAGGAUGCCGUUCGCCUGGGCUGCCAAGCAGGUGUUCAAAGACGCUCAGGGCAGCCUGGACAUGGAUGGGAAGUUUUCUCCUCUCUACCGCCAGGACAGCAGCAAAGUCUCCACUGAGGACAUCAUCAAGCUGCUGGCCGACAUCAGGAAACCUGAGAAGAGCAAGCUUCACAUCCCUGGACAGCUGAAUGUCACCAUCGAGUGUGUCCCGCCUGACUUCUCAAAUACGGUGACUUCCUCUUACGUUCCCAUAAAGCCCUUCGAGGACGGCUGCGAGCGGGUAUCAGUGGAGGUCGAGGAGUUUCUCCCCGAGGAGGCUAAAUACAACUACCCCUUCACCACCUACAAGAACCAACUCUACAUCUUCCCCCUGCAGCUCAAAUACGACAACCAGAAGACCUUCACCAAGGCUAGGAACAUUGCAGUCUGCAUCCAGUUCCGAGACUCGGAUGAAGAAGGUGCAACUCCAUUAAAGUGCAUCUACAGCAAGCCGGGAGACUCACUCUUCACCAGCAGCGCCUACGUAGCUGUCCUGCACCACAAUCAGAGCCCUGAAUUCUACGAUGAGGUAAAGAUUGAGCUGCCGGUCCACGUUCAUGAGAAACAUCACAUCCUCUUCACCUUUUACCAUAUCAGCUGUGAGUCCAGCAGCAAGGCAAGCAGCAAGAAGAGGGAGGGAGUAGAGUCACUGGUGGGUCACUCAUGGAUGCCUUUGCUAAAAGACGGGAGGAUGCAGUCAGUGGAGCUCCAGUUGCCUGUAGCAGCCACCCUGCCUCCUGGAUACCUGUGUCAGGACACCAGGAAGUCCCAACCAGAUAUCAAGUGGGUGGAAAAUGCCAAGACACUGUUCAAAGUGAAGACCCAUGUAGCAUCAACAAUAUAUGCUCAGGAUCUGCAUAUACACAAAUUCUUCCAGCACUGCCAGCUGAUGAGGACGACAUCAGAGGGCAACCCAGCAGAACUGAUCAAAUACCUGAAGUGCCUGCAUGCCAUGGAGACUCAAGUAAUGAUCAACUUCCUACCGACGGUGCUGAUGCAGCUGUUUGGCGUGCUCACAGCAGCAACCAAAGAAACCCAUGAGAUUGCUGUCAACUCUCUGCGUGUGAUCAUACAUAUAGUCUCCAGAUGUCACGAGGAGGGCCUGGAGCACUACCUGCGCUCCUUUGUGAAGUAUGUGUUUGUAACCAAUAACCCUUCGUCGGGACACUCAGCAACCACCCAUGAGGUGCUGGCCACCGCUGUAACAGCCACUCUCAAGCAAACUGCUGAUUUCAACACCAGCAACAAACUGCUCAAGUACUCCUGGUUCUUCUUUGAAACCAUGGCCAAAUCCAUGGCCCAGUACCUGCAAGAGGGCAACCGCAUAAAGAUGCCGCGGGCCCAGCGCUUCCCUGACAGUUUCCACCAGGCGCUCCAGUCCCUGGUGUUGUCCAUUAUGCCACACAUCACCAUCCGCCACAUGGAAAUCCUCGAGGAAGCUCGCUGCAUCAACCUGAGCCUGGCCAAUUUCAUCAAGAGGUGCCUGACCGUCAUGAACAGAGGCUUUGCCUUCGGCUUGGUCAACCACUACAUGUGUCAUUUCGGUCUCAAGGAUCCCAAGGUACAUGAUCCGAUUCAGUGGGAGACACAACAACUGCACUCUCUUCACGCCGUUGAAAAGAAGAGAAUAAACCAGCAGGCCAGGAUUUGUAUGCUCUACCUGCCACUUUUUGAGCUGCUCUACCAGAACCUGAAGCAGCUGUCUGCCCAGCCGCAAACCUCCAGCCCCGGGCUCGGCCUCAAUGGCUCCAGAGAUGACCUGAUAUCAACCUGCUCCACAGACAGCAGGAGAAUCAGCACUGCAAUUGAGAGAGACCAUGGUCUGCCCGCUCAGAACGGCCAUGUUGUGAGGCGAGAUGACUCCAGAUGCUCUUUGUUUAUGGACUCAGGGACACCAGACAUCAUUGAGCUGCAGAGACGUGACUCCACCAUGAGCAGCAGCCCCAUGCCUCCCAUCAGCAGACUAGGACAAUAUGAGAUCAGGGGCCUCCUGCUCUCCUUCCUGCACAUAGUCAAGACCCUGUCAGAGGACACUCUCAUGGCCUACUGGAACAAAGUCAGCCCUCAAGACAUCAUGAACUUCCUCAGCUUGCUUGAGAUCUGUCUGGUUCAGCUCCGUUACAUUGGGAAAAGGAACAUUGUGCGGAGUCAGGACAUAUGCAUGCCAAAGCUGUUCUCCUCAGACAGGAAGUCACAGACGAUGCCGGCUAUGCGCUGCAACCGAGCCAGCCUCAUGCAGACGAAGUUACACCAGUUUGGCACCAUGGAAACCUCCCUCACUCUUAAUAUUGGGACCGGGCCAUCAGAGGCAGAGAUCCAUCAUCAGGCUCUGCUGGAGGGCAACAUGUCCACCGAGGUGUCCCUUAGUGUCUUGGAUGUCCUCUCUGUUUUCACUCAGUGUUUUAAGACCCAGCUGCUGGACAGCGACGGUCACAACCCCCUGAUGAAGAAGGUGUUUGACGUUUACCUCACCUUCCUCAAAGUUGGCCAAUCAGAAGCCGCCCUCAGACAUGUGUUCGCCGCGCUCAGGGCUUUCAUCAACAAGUUCCCGUCGGUGCUGUUCAAGGGCCGCGUCACGCUGUGCGAGGCUCUGUGCUGCGAGGUGCUCAAGUGCUGCGUCUCCAAGAUGGGAUGUCUGAGGGCAGAGGUGUCAGCCCUGCUCUACCUGCUGAUGAGAAACAACUACGAGUACACCAAGAGGAAGACCUUCCUACGCACGCACCUGCAGAUCAUCAUUGCUGUAAGCCAGCUGAUCUCCGAUGUGGCGCUGUCCGGCAGUUCACGCUUCCAGGAGUCUCUCUCCAUCAUCAACAACUUUGCAAAUAGUGACAAGGCUAUGAAGGCGACGGCAUUCCCCUCUGAAGUGAAGGGUCUGACCAAACGCAUCCGCACAGUGCUGAUGGCCACAGCCCAGAUGAGGGAGCACGAGAAAGACCCAGAGAUGCUGCUGGAUCUCCAGUACAGCCUGGCCCGGUCCUACGCCAGCACGCCCGAACUGAGACGAACCUGGCUGGACAGCAUGGCGCGAGCACACCUCAAGAAUGGAGAUCUGUCUGAGGCGGCCAUGUGCUACGUUCAUGUGGCUGCACUGGUUGCAGAGUACCUGCACAGGAAAAAGUUGUUCCCCAGCGGCCUUGCAGCCUUUAAGAGGAUUACCUUGAAUAUUGAAGAGGAAGCUGCCAUGAGGGAAGACACUGGAAUGCAAGAUGUCUAUUACACUGAGGAAGUCCUGGUCGAACACCUCGAGGUCUGUGUGGAGGCACUGUGGAAAGCAGAACGCUAUGAGCUCAUCACGCACAUUGCCAAGCUUAUUGUCCCCAUCUACGAGAAGCGUCACGAGUAUGAGAAACUAAGCCGACUGUACGACACUUUGCACAGAGCCUACAACAAGAUAAUGGAGGUGAUACACUCAGGCCGCAGGAUGCUUGGGACAUACUUCAGAGUGGCUUUUUAUGGACAGGGCUUCUUCGAGGAGGAGGAUGGGAAGGAGUACAUUUACAAAGAGCCCAAACUCACUGGCCUGUCCGAAAUCUCUCAACGGCUAGUGACACUCUACGGGGAAAAGUUUGGGCCGGAAAACGUCAAGAUAAUACAGGACUCAAAUAAGGUUAACCCCAAAGACCUGGAUGCCAAGUUCGCCUACAUCCAGGUGACAUUUGUCAAGGCCUACUUUGACGAGAAGGAGGCACCGGAGAAGAAGACUGACUUUGAGAAGUGCCACAACAUCAACCGCUUUGUGUUCGAGACGCCGUACACGCUGUCGGGCAAGAAACACGGCGGGGUGGAGGAGCAGUGCAAGAGAAGGAGCGUGCUCACAACUGCCAACACUUUCCCGUAUGUGAAAAAGCGCGUGGAGGUGGUGGGGGAGAAGCAGUUGGAGUUGAAGCCGGUGGAUGUUGCCAUAGAUGAGAUGAAGGCGCGGACAGCAGAGCUGACCAAACUCUGCUCCAGUCAGGAGGUGGACAUGAUCCAGCUGCAGCUCAAACUGCAGGGCUGUGUCUCUGUGCAGGUGAAUGCCGGUCCCAUGGCCUACGCCAGAGCAUUCUUGGAUGACAGUAAAUACAACCAGUCAGGCAACAAGAAAGUAAAAGACCUUAAGGACAUUUUCAGGCGUUUUGUCCAGGCGUGCAGUGUGGCUCUGGACAUAAACGAGCGUCUGAUCAAAGAGGACCAGUUUGAGUACCAUGAGGGUCUCAAGGGCAACUUCAAAGACAUGGUGAAGGAGCUAUCGGACAUCAUCCACGAGCAGAUCUACCAGGAGGAUAUGAUGCGCUCGCUCUUACAAAACUCCCUCCAUGUGUUUCGUGCCAUCAGCGGGACAUCCACCAACGUGGGCUGACCACCGGCCCUCCCUCCCUCCCUCCCUCCGCCGCCGCCUCCGCCUGCCUAUAUGUAUAUUCUCCCACUUCUCCUCUAAGGACCUGAACUGAAUGAUGGCGGGUCUCGGUUUCACAUCUCCCCAGCUAUACUUGCCCAAACACUUCCCCCCCCCCUUUGGUGUGACGAUGCCAUUUGGUCAUUGCCGUUUUGUCAGCAUCUUUGCUGUACGUGCAGUAGAUGGCUGGGGUGAAAGAUGGCAGCGCAGCGGGUGGAUGUCAUAUUAAAAACACAGCAGCAGUAUCUCGGAGAAUGUAUCGCAGCAACACCAAUUAGAUGUCAGCAUGUCAGGUUCAGGUAUUUUGCUGAGAUAUGCUUGGUUGCACUUUCUUUCUGCCUUUGUGAUGAAGUGCAGGAUUGACUGUUUUUUAUUUUUAUUUAUUUUUUACAGGGAGAUACUUUACUAAAGCAAUUAUCCCCCCCCUCUCUGUCUACAAGGUUGCUCUUCAGAUCUAUGCAGGACACCACACUCCUUCCAGAAUUCAUUUCUACUUCUUGAGGUGACUUUUAGAAAACGGUAGCAUAUUUUCAUUGUCCCACAUUGGUAUGUUUGGCCAGGUUUUCGGUGUUAUGGCAACAUUCCAACUCAACCGGUUGUGUUGAAAAAAAAAAAGAAAAGAAACCAAAAGGAUUGUGAGUUACUCAGUCAAGGGUUCAUUGACUGGCAAUGCAUUCCAGCCGGGGCAACACAUUGUGAAAAACAGAUAAGUAACAUUACAGGGAGCGCCAAAGUUACUGCCCAGUUUCUAUAAUGACAAAUGACUUUUGUUGCGGAGUUUAAGAAAAGACAGACAUCAGGGUUGUAUUAAAGCUGUGUGAUAAAGCUAAGGGUUUGCUUAACUUAGACAUAGCUCAAUUGCAUUGUAAAUAUAAAGAAAGCUUUUUGGUGAACCAUGUUCUAAAUUGUAUUAGACGGUAAGAAAUAAUGUGGCGGAAAAGAUUAUGAUUAGAAAUUCUAUCAGAGCUUUAGAACAAUCAUAAAGCAGUAUUCUCUGUAAAUGAGUCAUUAACAGGACACACACUGAUCACAGCUUGGGUGAUCAGAAUUCCUUCAGUACAGUGAGUAAGUAAGGAACAUCUGGGUUGAGAUGCAGUGCCUUUGUGCUUCGCCUCCUGAAAAGAAUACCUUAUCUCAAGUAACAAUACCUUUAUCACAUGCUGGUUCUUUACAGUAUUUCACAAGUGCUACACUGUAAUUAGCAGAGAUGAAUAAUAUUUAAGCGAAUGUACAUAAUUUGUUGCCAUGCUGUAAAGUAAAUCCAGUUUCCUUGUAUGUUUGUACGUACUGUAUGUAUGUAUUUAUAUUUGUAACACUUUGGACUCUAUAGUUCAAAUCUGUCCUAGCAGAGAGAACCCCCCCCCCCCCCCCCGUUUUUAUUGCAUUGUAUACUGAUGUGCAGCUGCUUGUCCAACCUACUUUGGAAAGCCAUUUUCCAAUAAAAAC